AUGUCUUUGACGUCGAGACUGGAUGACUUCGUCGCGAAGUUCGAUGAUGCAAACUUGUCGUUCCAUGAUAGACUAAACACUUUAUUGGAACUCCAAGACUUCAUGGAUGGGAAGUCCAACGAUGAUUUCGAAGUCUUUAUGAAUAAGAUGAUUCCUGUACUAUUACAAACUUUGGAGAAGACGCCUAUAUCCUUUGACAAACUCUCCAUUGAGCAGAAAUUGAGAAACUCAAUUUUAGAGCUCAUUAACAACUGCUUCAUGAACCAUCUGUCGGAGACGCAGAUGGAACUGGUUUUGAACAGUUUACUGUCUAUACUACCGAAGGAAAAUGAGGAUAACGGUGUUCUCUGUAUGAAAAUCCUAACAAUUCUCUUCAAGAGUUUCAAAAAUUCUCUGGGAGAGAAGGUGGAAGAUUUCAUUGCCAUCAUUAUCAAAUUCUAUGAAAACGCUCAUGAAUUGGUAGCAAGAGAGUUUACAGACGCUAACAGCACCCAUUCAAGCCCGCCUGACCCUGGUGAAGAACAAAGCGAAAAUUUGUUGGACCCAGAUAUUGUCCAGAGCCAGUUUGACCCCUUAAAACAUGACGGCGAGGCUACUGAAAGGUCAGACCAAGGAUUUUCUGCCAGAGUUAUAAAGGGAUCCCUAAGAAGCUCUAUGUUUUCGUUUAAAAUAUUGUCAGAAUGUCCAAUUACUAUGGUGACUCUAUAUUCCUCUUACAAACAGCUGACAAGAACUUCCAUUCAACAGUUCACUCCUUAUAUCUUCAACCUAUUGAAAUUGGAAGUGGAACAACAAAAAAACGCUCGGGAAGAGGCAGAAAGUAGGGGGGUGAUAUAUGUCGAUGUUUCUCCCGAGAUCAGAGAUAGAAGUAUUUACUGUGAUUUCAUCCUUACUCAAAUAAAGGCAACAUCGUUCUUGGCCUACGUUUUCAUCAGAAGUUACGCUGCGGAAUUUUUGCAGAAUAAUGCCGAGUUUGUUCCAGACGUAAUUAUCAGACUACUACAAGACUGCCCUCCUGAACUGUCAUCCGCGCGUAAGGAACUAUUGCAUGCGAUCAGACAUAUUCUCUCAACAAACUAUAAGAUGUUAUUUCUGCCAAAGUUAAAGUAUCUCUUCAAUGAGGAUGUUUUGGUUGGCAAAGGUUUUACUACGUACCAUACUCUCAGACCGCUAGCUUAUAGUACUUUAGCGGACUUCGUUCACAAUACGCGUACAGAAUUGCGACUGGAUGACAUCGAAAAAACUGUAAGGAUGUACACAGAGUUUUUGUUGGAUGAUUCCCUGGCGUAUACUGUCCAAAUCAUGUGUGGUAAGCUGUUGUUGAACCUCGUGGAGAGAAUACUGAAGUUGGGGAAAGAAAACCCGCAGGAGGCAUCUAGAGCCAAGAAGUUACUGAUGAUCAUCAUCAACUCCUACACUAAGCGGUUCAAAAUGCUCAAUAUGGAGUACGACAAACAUAUGGCACAACACGAAAUCUAUCAAAAGAGGAAACUUGAAAAGUCGAAGGGUGCCAAAAUGGAAAUAGAAAUUGAAGACAUUGGGCCCGAUGUAUUUAUGGAGAAGACGUUUCAGUUCAAGCAUAUCGAACAGCUCCCACCUUCUGAGGAAUUGUCAGGAACAGAAAAGAAAGAAGAAGUCAGCAAAGAUUCGAAAAAGGACGAAAGUAACCAGGGAGUUUACGUUGACAUGUUCAAUCUAGAUGAGUAUGCGCCCAUCAGAAUGACUCCCGUUUCGAACUCCGAUCCUAUAAAAGACGCCUUCUAUGUUUACCGCACGUUGAUGUCGUUCUUGAAGACAAUUGUGCAUGAUGUGAAAGUUUUCAACCCACCACCAAAUGAAUUUACUGUGGCGCAUGCCAAACAAUGGGCCGGACUUUCCAGAGUGUUUUCUUAUGAAGAGGUUGUCAUGUUUAGGAACUUGUUUCACGAGUGCGUCAUAGGCUUGAAAUUCUUCGCCAAUGAAAACAUUAAGCUCAACGCACUGAAUAAAAAGCACUUUGACGUCUCAUCGCCGACACUGCCUAUUGCUGCUAGUAAAGACGGACGGGAACUGAUGGAGUAUCUGGCAUUUAUGUUCAUUCAAAUUGACAGCUCCACUUUUGAUGAGAUCAUCGAGUCCGAGAUUGGGUUCCUGUACAAAAGCAUGCUGAAAGAUUCCGCUUUGCUACAUGUAGCUCAAUCAUUCUUAACAACGGAGGUGACUUCUCCUAAUUUUGCAAGUAUCCUUUUGCGGUUCCUGAACACUAAACUAAAGAAUUUGGGUAAUGUUGAUUUUGUUGAGUCAAACGUUCUGAUAAGGUUAUUCAAAUUGGCGUUUAUGUCGGUAAAUCUUUUCCCAAAUACAAAUGAAAUGGUGUUACUACCAUACCUAAAUGAUCUGAUUUUAGAUUCGUUAAAAUUCUCAACUGAAGCAGAAGAACCAUUGGCAUACUUUUAUUUGAUAAGGACACUUUUCAGAAGUAUAGGUGGUGGUAGGUUCGAAAAUCUUUACCGGUCAAUUAAACCAAUACUACAGGUUUUGCUACAAACCCUAAAUGAAAUGAUUCUGACAGCCAGACUACCACAAGAGCGCGAAUUAUACGUAGAAUUGUGCAUAACGGUCCCCGUGAGAUUGAGUGUUUUGGCCCCGUACUUGCCUUAUCUGAUGAAACCGCUUGUGUUUGCGUUACAGGGAUAUCCUGAGUUGAUAUCCCAAGGCCUGAGGACACUUGAACUGUGUGUUGAUAAUUUGACGGCCGAAUACUUCGAUCCGAUCAUCGAACCGGUUGUCGAUGACGUCAUUAAAUCUUUAUUCAAGCUGCUGCAACCUCAACCAUACAACCAUACGAUAAGCCACACGGUAGUAAAAAUUCUCGGAAAGUUAGGGGGAAGGAAUCGCCGGUUCUUGAAACCACCUACCGAUCUAGAAACAGAAAAAGCACUUGACUACGAAAUAAUUGCUCAUUUCAAAGCUGUUGGACUUGAUGGAGAGUUUCCACUCUCUGUCACACCUGGUGUUCGGUCUGCAAUGGAUGUACUAGCCAAUUACAAAGUUAACGUCAACUAUAAAAAAGAGGCCUACAGGUAUUUAAAGAAUAUUCUACUAUUGUUUUUCAAGUCAUCCAUAAAGUUUUCUGAUAAUUUUGAUGUACUGGUCCGAAAAGUUUGCGAAAUACAGUCCCUCGACAAGUACGAAGUCAAGGAAAACUUUGAUGUUAAAUCACCAAUCGAUAGAGAACAGUUUUCUGAACAAGAGGAGCUCUUCAUCAAACUUUUAGAAUCAGUUUUUCUGUCAUGCUCAAUUCCAGAGUUGAAAGAGGAGGCUACCGAGUUACUGAAACAUAUUAUAGAUCACAUGUGCCUUCUUUACAUCAACAAUUCGAUGAUGAGGAAACGCAAUUUGUGCAAUCUCUUCAACUUUGAUAUUCAACAACCAGAACUGGUUUUGGACAGCGUCACAAUCGUCGAAACAAUUUCCUCGUCUUUAUCAUGCCAUAUACCCGAGGUCCAGGAGACUGCAAUAUAUGCCAUAAAGAGAAUCCACGAAAAAUCCAAGCUAAUUUACGGAGAUGAACUUGUUUUUGAACACUCUUUGGUUUACGAGUUAAUGAAGCACUUCAUGCACAACUGCUACAAAGAAGCAUUCUAUGAAAAAAAAGCUGGUAUUCUUGGUAUUAAGACUCUUGUGUUUGAUAUAGAACUUUCUUUGGACUUUUUGAAGAAAAUACAACCUGAUUUGGUUAGCGCAUUUUCAUUUGUUCUGAAAGAUGCACCAAUGGGAACUCCUAGCUCAUUGAAUAAGAGUGCGGAAGAGCUGCUCCUAAAAGUGCUUCGUCUGACAUUCGAAGGUGUUACGGAAAAUGAUUUGGAAUCUAAGAUACUUCAUCACUCAAUUACCGAUAUUGUGGUUGAGUUGAGUAAUCCUAAUCCACAGGUAAGAGCUUCCUGUCAGACAUGUUUGAAAGCCAUUCACGAAACCACAGGUAUUCCAAUUGUCAAGUUGAUGGAGAAGUCAAAGAGCUUUCUAUUGUCACCAAUAUUUGCGAAACCAUUAAGAGCGUUGCCAUUUACAAUGCAAAUCGGAAAUGUGGAUGCAAUCACAUACUGCUUGGGAUUACCAGACUCUUUUUUGACCUUCAAUGAAGAGUUAUUCAGAUUGUUGCAAGAAGUAAUUGUUCUAGCUGAUGCAGACGACGAAUCGUUAUCGACGACACAAAGGGUUGUUGAGUACAAGACAUCGGACCAGUUGGUACAAUUACGGAUAUCGUGUAUCCGCCUUUUGGCAUUAGCCCUUAAAAACGAGGAAUUUGCAACUGCUCAACAAGGCAACAUUAGAAUUAGAAUUCUAGCAGUUUUUUUCAAAACGAUGCUCAAAAACUCUCGUGAAAUAAUAGAUACCACAUACGAAGCACUAAAGGGUGCUUUGGAGGAAAAUUCUAAACUGCCAAAGGAACUACUCCAAAAUGGUCUAAAACCAAUGCUCAUGGAUUUAUCAGACCACCAAAAGCUCACUGUAUCAGGACUCUACGCCCUUUCAAAACUGUUAGAACUACUGAUUGCGUACUUUAAAGUAGAAAUAGGGAAGAAACUACUAGAUCAUUUGAACGCGUGGUGCAGAAUUGAGGUGAUGGACAGUUUGUUCGGUAAAGAUAUCAAUAAACAACUGCCGACCGAGAUCAUUACCAGCAUCAUCAAUAUCUUCCAUUUGCUACCGCCCAGAGCUGAUAUGUUUUUGAAUGAUCUAUUAUUAAAAAUAAUGCUAUUGGAGAGAAAGCUCAGGAUCCAGCUAGAUUCUCCCUUUCGUGUCCCGCUCGCUAAAUAUCUGAACAGGUUUCACACCUCUGUGACUGACUACUUCAAGAAAAAUAUGGCCUUACGUCAGUUGGUUCUGUUUACUUGUAACAUUAUCAAGCUCCCUGAAGCAAAGGAUCUAGCUGACGAUUUUGAGAAAGAGCUGGGGAAUUUCUACAACUAUUAUAUUUCUAAUAUUCCAUCAAACCAGGUGAGAGUUGUGAGCUUUUUUGCCAACAUGGUUGAUAUCUUUGACACCAUUGCUGAAAUUAGAGGCGGUGCAUGGUUGAAAGGGCAAAUAGAUAUGAUCUUCAAAUUAGGUGAUAUGCUGAAAAUAACUACCCAAACUGUUAAAUCAAACGCGUUCUGCAUCGACAAAUUGCAGCUGGCACAAACUAUUGAAAAAUACCAAGUUCUCUACUUGAAGCAUAUCUCAUUCGAUGCAGACGAGCAAACACAACUUCUACUUCAGUUUAUUGACUUUUUGAUUUUGAACGAUAUUAAAAUUCUGCCAUCUGUUCAUCUUUUCAUCUGGGAAAACUACACAGCAUCGUCAGAUACCGCUAAAUUGAAUAAUUUCUUGGAGUUAUCUUUGAAUUUCAUGCUUGACAAUAGCUCCAUGCAUGCCCGCUUUUUCAUUUUGAAAUAUCUAAUCAAACCAGUAUUGAUAUACCAGGGGACGGAGUACAAGAGCUUGAAACAUCUUACACAGGAGCAUGGAAUUCCGGAAUGGCUGAAAAUUAUUCACACAAAGAUAUGGAAAUCUUCCAAUGCAGAACUUUUAUCGAAUGUUUCUGGAAAAUUUGAUUUCUACAGGUUUGAGUUACUUCAAAUAUCCGCCGUCUUUGUCAAGUGGGCUCCCGAAUUGAUUACUGAUAUAAGAAAAGACAUCAUCAAGUUCAACUGGAACUUUAUAAAAUUAGAAGAUACACUGGUCAAACAGUCUGCCUACCUAACAACUGCCCUGUUCAUUGCCAAGUAUGACUUUCCCUUGAAUAUUGUCACACAAGUAUUUGUGGCUUUGUUGAGACACCCACAGACAGAAAGCAGGUACUUAGUCAAGCAAUCGUUAGAUACACUAGCUCCAGUUAUUGAUAAGAGAAUGAAAGUAUCUGGGACCCCCUACGAGUGGGUUAACUGGGUCAAGCGGGUUAUGUUUGAAAACAAGUAUAACAGAAACAACACUCUUUAUCAGUUUUUGGUAAGUCAUACGGAGCUCUUUUACGACACACGGCACUUGUUUAUCUCAAACGUUAUAAACCACAUGAACAGAAUGACCUUUGCACCAAACUCGAAUCCAGAAAUCCAGAGCCUAGCGAUUGACCUUGCCUCAAUGAUAGCUACAUGGGAGGACAAAGCUUUUGAAUCAAGACCCAGCGUGAAAACCGACCCCGAUGGAGAUAUAGAGAUGGCUGAAAAUUUUGCUGAUACAGAAGAAGGUAGCAACAAUUUCAGCACCGUAAAGGAUUACACUGUUCCCACCCAGCUGAGAGAAAUCUGUGUGUCCUUUUUAAUCAGAUAUGUCUGUUCUAUUGAUCACAAGGCUAGUGAUGACGACCUAGGACUGAAAGCGCUGAACAUACUUUCGAAUCUUCUUUCUUCGAAACAUUGGUCCGAUGUGAAUAUCCAACUCUCGUACUUUGAAAAGUUUUUCAGCGAUACUGAUGUUGAUUCAGAGAAUGCUGUUUAUUGCUGUAUUAAUACAUUGGACAUUCUUUACAUCUUCUUGAACAAUAAAUCAACCAAAUGGAUGGUGGAAAAUCUGUUGACAACUGAAUCUCUAUUGGAGAAACUGAUUAAAAUAAACCACCACGAUAUUCAGGAAGCUCUGGUCAAGAUUUUGAACAUAAUUCUGAAAGCAAUAAGGAUACAGGGGGACUUUACUCAAGUCACAGACAACGAUACGCCUUCGAAACAUUUUAUUAAUAAUCUAGUAUCGACUGUUAACCAAGACCUACAGGGGACGGCUUCUGUGACAGCAGGUGUUACCUUAGUAUGGACCUUGUUUGUCAACUUUUCAGACGCAGUUGACUCUUUACUUAAUCCAAUAAUGAAAACAUUUAAUAAAUUAUGCAAGGAUCAUUUGAGUACUUCUCAGCCAAAGGACGCUGUGACAAUGGAAGAAGCAAAAAUAACAACAAAACUGUUAGAAAAACUACUGUGCUUGCUGUCAGCAAAAGUAUCGUUAUUAGGAGAUUCACGCAGACCAUUUUUAUCUACAAUUGCGCUUCUAAUUGAUCGUUCUAUGGAUCAGAUAUUUUUACGAAAGAUUGUCAGCAUUGCUAGAUCAUGGGCUUUCAAUACGGAUAUAUUCCCGACAAUAAAGGAGAAAUCAGCUAUCUUAACAAAAAUGCUAGCAUUUGAGGUACGUGGAGAACCAUCUCUGUCAAAACUUUUCUAUGAAAUUGUUUUAGAACUUUUUGAAGAGAAACAAUAUAACAACACUGAAAUAACAGUCAGGAUGGAACAACCAUUUUUAUCAGGGACACGGACACAAAAUAUUGACAUCAGAAAAAGGUUUAUGACAAUUUUGCAAGGAAGCUUGGAAAAGGAUAUUAAAGAGAGAUUAUACUACGUAAUCCGCGACCAAAACUGGGAAUUUGUGUCCGACUAUCCAUGGCUAAACCAGGCUACUCAACUUCUUUACGGAACGUUUGAUAAAGCCUAUGUGCUAAGUCCUAAAAAUCUGUACGAUUUCUCUCCUCCAGAACUUUUGCAAAGCAAUCUACCUCUGAAUGUUGAAUUGACUGUCGAUGAAAAUGCUGAUGAACUUAAAGAAUAUAUCAUUAAUCACCAACAUUCAAUGGAAACCUUGUGUGAUAUUAGAGCAAGUGAUAUUUUAGAUCCUUUGGUAGAACUGUUUUAUCAGGAUUCCAGAGCAAUCGAAAAUGCUUGGUCUGAUUUAUUCUCUCAAGUGUACAGAUGCAUCCCAAGAAAUGAAAAAUAUGGAUUUGUGAGAUCUUUAAUAACUUUACUUUCAAAGCCGUACCACUCACGUCAACUGAAUCCGAAGAGAAAUGUUAUAACCAUGCUGCUGAACUCGAUUAGCAAAAUUGAUAACUUAGAAAUUCCACCCCAUUUAGUGAAGUACUUGGCGAUUUCAUAUAACUCGUGGUACCAGGCUAUUAAACUUCUUGAAUCAAUUCAAGAUAGCAACAGUAUCGAUAAUGUGAAAAUCAUAGAAGCGAACGAGGAGGCGUUGUUGGAACUAUACCGGAACUUACAAGAAGAUGAUAUAUUUUAUGGGUUAUGGAGGAGAAGAGCCAAAUACAAUGAAACGAACAUUGGUUUAUCUUAUGAACAAGUUGGAUUAUGGGAUAAAGCUCAGCAAUUAUAUGAAAUUGCCCAGGUAAAAGCGCGUAGUGGUGCCUUACCGUAUUCUGAAUCAGAAUAUGCACUUUGGGAAGAUAACUGGAUUCUUUGUGCCGAGAAGCUACAGCAAUGGGAUAUCUUGACCGAACUAGCCAAACAUGAAGGAUUUACAGAUUUGUUGCUGGAGUGUGGAUGGAGAGUGGCCGAUUGGCAUUCAGACAGAGAAGCACUUGAGCAAUCUGUUAAAAGUUUAAUGGAUGUGCCCACUCCAAGAAGACAAAUGUUUGAGACAUUCCUUGCCCUUCAAAAUUUUGCCGAUACCGGCAAGGGAGAUCAAGAUGUGAGAAGGCUAUGUGACGAAGGGAUUCAGCUAAGUCUACACAAAUGGAUAUCGCUACCACAGAGAUACACGCCAGCUCAUAAAUGGCUGCUACAUGGUUUCCAACAAUACUUGGAGUUCCUUGAAGCUACACAUGUGUAUACUAACCUUCACACUACCACCGCGCAAAAUAUAGACUCGAAAGCACAAGAAGUGAAACGUGUUUUUUUGGCCUGGAGAGACAGACUUCCGAAUAUUUGGGAUGAUAUUGAUUUGUGGAACGACUUGGUUACUUGGAGGCAACAUACUUUUCAAGUGAUCAAUAACGCUUACCUUCCCUUGGUCCCUACACUUCAACAAAAUAAUAGCAAUAAUGCCAUUAACACCCAUGCUUACAGAGGCUAUCAUGAGCUGGCCUGGAUUAUAAAUAGAUUUGCGCAUGUGGCAAGAGAACAUGAUAUGCCUGAUGUUUGCAUCAGCCAGUUAGCCCGUAUCUACACGCUUCCAAACAUCGAAAUUCAAGAGGCAUUUUUGAAACUACGUGAACAGGCCAAGUGUCAUUACCAGAAUAUGAAUGAGUUGACGACCGGCUUGGACGUUAUUAGUAAUACCAAUUUGGUCUACUUUAACACAGGUCAGAAAGCCGAAUUUUUCACCCUAAAGGGUAUGUUCUUAUCUAAACUGAAGGCAUACGAUGAGGCGAAUCAGGCGUUUGCCACUGCUGUUCAGAUAGACCUGAACCUCGCGAAAGCUUGGGCACAAUGGGGUUAUUUCAAUGAUCGUCGUUUAGUCGAAGAACCUAAUAACAUCAGCUAUGCCAGCAAUGCAAUUAGCUGUUACUUACAAGCAGCGGGUCUGUAUAAAAACCCGAAGACAAGAAGCUUGCUAUGCCGAAUUUUGUGGCUGAUAAGUAUGGAUGACGACGCAGGCUCCUUGACCAAGGCUUUCGAGUCUUUCCGCGGGGAGGUUCCUGUAUGGUAUUGGAUAACCUUUAUUCCGCAGUUGCUGACCUCACUUUCACACAAGGAGGCCAACAUGGUUCGCCAAAUCUUGAUCCGUAUAGCAAAAAGUUAUCCUCAAGCAUUGCAUUUCCAGCUUCGGACUACCAGAGAAGACUUUGCGGUUAUACAAAGAAGAACAAUGGCGGUCCUGGCAGAUAAAAAGGAAAGUACUGCUGCAAGCCAGCCAGAGGGCUUGCGGCAACCAUGGGAACACCUACAAGAAUUGAGUAAUAUUCUAAAAACUGCAUACCCACUGUUAGCUCUUUCAUUGGAGUCAUUAGUGGCUCAGAUUAACGAACGUUUCAAAACAACAACGGACGAGGAUCUUUUUAGGCUGAUCAAUGUUUUACUGCUUGAUGGUACCUUCAAUUACAACCGUCUACCGUUACCAAGAGAAAACUCUGCCCUACCUCAAAAUACAGAGACGAACUUGAUUAGAUUGUCAGAAACGUUAUUAGAUCCGCAUGUGAAACCCAAGUUUAACGCGGAUUUCAUUGAGAGCAAACCGAACUUUGAGACGUACUUGAAGAGACUGAGCUAUUGGCGUAGAAGGUUAGAAAACAAACUGAACAGGGCUCCUCAAAUUGAAUAUCUGGAGAGAGUUUGUCCAAAUUUGAGCAACUUUCACCAUCAAAAGUUUGAAGAUAUAGAGAUACCGGGUCAGUAUUUGAUGAAUCACGACAACAAUGCACAUUUCAUUAAGAUUGCCAGAUUUUUACCUGCCGUUAAUUUUGUGCGCGGAACCCAUUCCUCGUAUAGAAGAUUAAACUUGCGGGGUCACGAUGGUAGUUUGCAUUCUUUUGCAGUUCAAUCACCUGCAGCAAGACAUUCCAGAAGGGAGGAAAGGAUGUUCCAACUCUACAGACUGUUGAACAAGCUGUUAGCCAAGAGCGUCCAAACAAGACGUCGUGAUGUGCAGUUCACAUUACCAGUUGCUGUACCAUUAUCACCUCAAACAAGGAUAAUGAAUGACAGCGCUUCGUUCACCACCUUACAUCAAAUAUAUGAUGAAUACUGCGCCAAGGCAGGUGUGAGCCAAGAUGACAUACAAGACUUUAUAUCCAAGGAACUGAAUACGGCUCACGAUAAAUCGUUGCCGACCCCGGACAAUACGCUUGUUAAGAUAGAAAUCUUUAGUUCAAUACAGUCGUUGUAUGCCCCUUCGACAAUCCUCAAGAACUAUUUCAGUGGCAUCUACCGCGAGUUUGAAGAUUUCUGGCUAUUCCGUAAUCAAUUUGCUUCAAAUUACGGUACCUUUACCUUCUUGUCCUACAUGAUGAUGAUCAAUAACCGUACUCCGCACAAAAUUCAUAUAGACAAGAGCUCUGGUGACGUAUUCACAUUAGAAAUGCUACCCUCGAGGUAUCCAUUUGAAAGGGUAAAGACCGUGCUGAAAAACAACGAACUCGAUUUGCCCGCUGAUGCACCAAUCUUCCACAACAACGAGCCUGUCCCAUUUAGACUGACUCCUAACAUACAGAAGUUAAUUGGCGAUUCUGGACUAGAAGGCAUAUUUUCUGUUGUUAUAUUCUCGAUAGCCCGUGCAUUGAAGGAGCCAGAAAAUGAACUGAACACAUACUUGACUUUAUUCAUCAGGGAUGAGAUUAUUUCGUGGUAUAGCAACUUACACCGCCCAAUUGUCGAAAACCCUCAACUGAGGCAAAUGGUUCAAUCUAACGUCGAUCUUAUUAUCAAGAGGGUUGCGCAACUAGGUCACUUGAGUUCAAACCCUGCGAUUACAACACAGUUUGUAUUGGAUUUGAUAAGCUCAGCUGUAAAUCCAAGAAACCUAGCUGCAACAGAUAUAAGUUAUAUGGCAUGGUUUUAG